GGCCGAGUGGAGACUGGUGUUCUUAAACCUGGCAUGGUGGUCACCUUUGCUCCAGUCAAUGUUACAACCGAGGAUAAGUCUGCCGAAAUUCACCAUGAAGCUUUGAGUGAGGCUCUUGCUGGGGACAAUGUGGGCUUCAGUGUCAGGAACAUAUCUGUCAAAGAUGUUCGUCAUGGCAAUGUGGCUGGUGACAGCAAAAAUGACCCACCGAUGGAAGCAGCUGGCUUCAGGGCUCGGGUGAUUAUCCUGAACCAUCCAGGCCAAAUCAGUGCUGGAUAUGCACCUGUGCUGGAUUGUCACACAGCCCGCAUUGCUUGCAAGUUUGCUGAGCUGAGGGAGAAGAUAGAUCGUUGUUCUGGAAAAAAGCUGGGAGAUGGCCCCAAGUUCUUGAAAUCUGGUGAUCUUGUCAUCGUUGAUAUGGUUCCUGGCAAGCCUAUGUGUGUUGAGAGCUUUUCUGACUAUCCUCCUCUGGGCCGUUCUGCUGUUCGUGACACGAGACAGACGGUUGCUGUGGGUGUCAUCAAAGCAGUGGACAAGAAGGCAGCUGGAGCUGGCAAG